CGCACCCAUUUAAUCAAUGCGCUGGGUGCCCAAUCCUUGCAGAAACAUGGCGCAGGGCUCAACGGCUAUUUCGUCUCGAUCGCCUCUUUAUUUCCGGUUCCCCCAUCGAACCUCCCAAUGCCGCCCUACUCUCCCGUCGCCUGCCCUCCUCUGCCUUCGCCCCGGCCAUGCCCAUUCCAUCGCCGUAUCUCUUAUCGCCCUCCGCCGGCUCAGCGGCGCCACUACCAGCGCUUCACCGCCGGAGCAACAACAGGUGGAAGAAGAGGAGGUUAGGGGAGGAGAGGAGAGCGCGCCAUGGGAUAAGGUCUCGGCCGUCCUCUUCGAUAUGGACGGAGUUCUGUGUAACAGCGAAGAGCUUUCGAGGAUGGCGGCCGUCGACCUCUUCGCCGAUAUGGGUGUUUCUGUCACAGCUGACGAUUUCAUCCCAUUCAUAGGGACUGGCGAGGCUAAUUUUCUUGGAGGUGUUGCCUCAAUGAAGGGAGUGAAAGAUUUUGAUCCACAAGAAGCAAAGAAGCAGUUUCUUGAAAUUUAUGUUAAUAAGUAUGCAAAGCCAAACUUGGGAAUUGGAUAUCCUGGAGCCCUUGAGUUUAUCAUGGAGUGUAAAAGAAGGGGGCUAAAGGUUGCCAUCACAUCUAGUGCCGAUAGGACCAAGGUGGAUGCUAAUCUUGCUGCUGCCAAUUUGCCUGUUUCUCUGUUUGAUGUGAUUAUAUCUGCUGAUGCAUUUAAAAAACCAAAACCAGCCCCAGAUAUAUUUUUAGCAGCUUCUAAAAGCUUAGACAUACCUCAGUCCCAGUGUAUAGCAAUUGAAAGUGCUCUAGCUGGAGUUGAAGCUGCAAAAGCUGCAAAAAUGAGGUACAGUUUGAUUUACUACUAUCUUUCUUGCUAACCAUUAUAAAUUGCA